AUGAAGUCAUACAAUCAUAUAGCAGAAUCAAAUUUCAGGUCUCCUCUGAGAAUUUCUGGAGAUGCGCAAGACAUUAGAGAUGGCGACUCCGUGCUUGAGGGCAACAGGCCCUCGUUUGCAACGACUUCUAUAGAAAUCCCGGAAAUAAAUGCGAGUUUAUUCGAUGAAGCGUAUGAUAGUGAUCAAAACUUAUUUUCUGACGGCGUUUUUGUUAUAACGGAUGAGCCGACCGAUUGCGAAAUUAUUCAAAUGGUAGAUGAUGGAACAAGUUAUUUAGAAGGAAUUAAUGAUUUAAAUUCCUUAGAAUCGAAUUUUAUAGAUAUAUUUGAUGACUCUAAUGGAUCACCGGUGAAUCCUAUAUCGGUAGAGGAUGCAUACAAUCAACUCUCAGAGAGCCAAAAUAGCGAAAACGAAGUUCAAAUCACAUCGCAGAGAAAUGUUUCUUCCAAUCAUGGUGGUUAUAAUCAGCCAAACAAUAAUCAAUCAACUGAAGAGGAUGAAGAUUGCAUUAUGGGACCAAUAAAUUGGGUAUCUGAAAAAAAAUUGCAGUUCCCGUCUGAUUAUUACUCUUUAAACAAUAGUGAACCGGCUACAUCUUACAAAUUUAUCGAUAACGAAGAUAACUCUGGAGAAAUUGUAAAAAUACUGGAAGAUGUAGAAUUUUUAUUCAAGUGUCCGAUAUGCUAUUCCACGAUUACUAGGUUUAGAUCAGGGAAAUUACCUAAUGAUAAUGAUAGGGUGAUAUAUUCUACCAAGUGUGGGCAUCUUUUUUGCUAUGAAUGCAUUGAAAACGUAAAGAAGAGAAGGGAAUGCUCAAUCUGUCGUAAAAAACUGAAAGACAGCAGCCACUGUCACGUCGUUUUCCCAUAG